ACCUGCGGCAAAAUUUGUGAUUGAACAAUCUGUGGCGUGAAAUUCACGGCGAUUUGCUAUGUAAAUAAACGUUAAAAGUAAAGUGAUAUUUCUACGCAUUUACGCAUUUUACGAGGACAACAGGAACAAUGAAUCACGAAGAGUAUCCCAGUGACAGUGACGCAAGCGACGAGGACUUCCGCCCCGACAUCACCGAAUCGGAUUCUGAUAGUAUAUUGGACGAAGAAGAUCCUCCGUUGGGCGAAUCAGCAGGAGACACUAAAGGUUGCAAGCGCAAGCGGAAGCUGCCCACAGAUGGUGUUAAGAAAAAAUGUAAAUCAUCGAAAGUUAAUCCACUGGAAGCUGGCGCGGAGGAUGCCAAGGACAACAAAGAACUUGAUGAGGAAGAAGAAAAACGGCGAACUGAUGCUCUAUGGGCAGAUUUUCUUGGUGGCAGCAGCAGCAACACAAAUGAAGCUAAAGUUUCCGACGUCGCCGGUGCAUCCAAGAACGCUACUAGCAAAAGCCAAACCGUGGCAGCGAAGAACGCAGAAUCGGCUGCAUUCAGCAAAAAACCGGCUGACGACAAACGUCCUACAGUUGAACAGAUUUUCGAGUUUGCAGGAGAACGAGUAGAAGUACCGAACGAAGAAAGGCGUGCCCAGGAAAAAGAUUCAGCGCCGAAAACAACGAAAGGAUUACCCCUGCGCGGUACGGGGCUUGCCUCAGUAUUAAAUGUGAUUGGCAAGAAAAACAAAUUAAGUACUUUGGAGAAAACUAAAAUGGAUUGGAAUCGAUUCAAACGACACGAAGGAAUCGAGGAAGAGCUGCAGACUCAUAAUAAGGGAAAGGAUGGAUUUCUUGAGAGGCGUGAUUUCCUGGAGCGGACAGAUGUACGGCAGUUUGAAAUCGAAAAAUCAUUUCGGCAAACCAAACGAAGUAACAGAUAAUGCUCUUACACCCGGCUUCGAUUCCAAUCCACGUUCCGUUUUUGCCUGAGACACAUUCUUGCCACCGAAGAAUAAUGUAUUGCAAAAAACGUCUUUUCUUUCCGUAAUAUCUAGAUGAAUUGGUUAAUCAUCGAUUAUCUUUCAGCAGUAUAUGCUCAUGUAUAAGAUAAAUAAAUGUGUAAAACGUAACAGAAGUGUGAAAAAUACACUUUCUAUGCUGAAUUAACCAUUCGCAUAUUGUAUGAAUAUCUAUAAUAUAUCAUUAAGCCUAUAAAGAAAAUCACUCAUCACA